AAACUGCACCAUGUCUAUCAGAUAGAAGCACCAGGAGACAACCAUAAGGACGACUCACCGUACGAGCCAACAGUAAAUGGUUUCAGAUGGCAUCAAAACCCAAGCAACCAAGGUUUGAUGUGCUAUCAGUUUAGACAGCCUGGUGUGUACUACUACUCUGACCAAAAUUACGAUGAAGCAGCUUUUUAUAUUGGAACAAUUAUUGUCAAACCAAAACCUAAAGAACACAAAGUCGAGGUCAAAGGAAAAGUGUUUAGGCCAGAUGUCCUGUAUGCUCAAACUGGGGAUCGUAUUUUAUGGAUGUGGGAUGGAGAUGCCUCCCUCCAAGCUGGAGAAAAUCUUCUUAUUUUGGAGGAAGACAAGGUGGUAAAUCCAGAUUCCCAGGCCACAUCGACAUCAGCAGAAGAUGAAAAGCUGCUGCAGACAAUUGAUGAAAAUGCUGCCCGGCUGUUGGCCAGGGCAGGGCGUGCCACCACAAACUUGGCCAACAUUGGCCUUUUCACAUACAGAGUGUCUGAUGCCAGUGAGGUCACCGAUUCUUGCAGUGUUGUGGUCAAUCCUGGACCCAGGAACCACACUGUACACCUGACAGACACAGGCCUGGAACCUAAGGUGGUAAAGAUCAGGCCUAACGACAGAGUCUGGUGGGUCUGGCAAAGUGGGAAGAAGCAGCACAACGUGCGACAG